CCAAAUCCGGUCUCCUAAGCUGCAGCUGCUUCCCUUUGCAGGGAUGAAUGGCUCUGGGAGGGAAGAUAUCUGGUGAGCAUUCCCCGCCUAGCCCAGGGCAUGCCCCAGUUCACUUUCGCCUGUUUCUGUGGUCUUCACGGCUUCUGCAAGAUGAAGAGGAAGAAGGAAGACAUUCAAAGAGAGCGGGAAACAGCGGUGUGA